AUGUCAAUCCCAUUGGAAAUUGAUCUAUCUCACUGGACUUCAAAUCAUUUUGAAGAAUUGGAACAAAUUCUUCAUGAUUUAAUUCCACAUUUUAGAUGGUUUCAGAUUCCUUCAAAAAUUUUUUUGAGUAAGGUCGAUCCAUAUGAACCGAUAUUCCCAAGGAAACUUUAUAAAAGCAUCAUUGGUUAUUUUAUGGAUCCAAAUACACCACCUGAUACCUUGGUUUUACCUCAAAGACGUAAUUUAUCUUUUGACUCUCUCCUUAUUGGAAAAGAGCAUUUAAAGAUCAUC